AUGAGUAGUGUUGUCAAUAAAAGUGGUACUAGGUUCGUACCAAAGAUAAGACAACGUCGUGUAGCUACGCCGACACCUUCAGUAACUCCUUCCAUUGCUACCUCAUCUCCAGCUAUAGAAACUACAGUUGCUAGUGUUUCAGAUCAAGACGCUGGUGAUAAAAGUCAACAAACUGAAGUUGAAAAUACUGAAAAGAAACUAAAUAGUAAAAAAAAUGAUGAUGGGAGUGCCAUUAAGGAUUCAGAAGAAGCUAAAAUUACAUUGGAAAGGAAAGAAAGCACAGAUGAAUCUCCAAUCUCAGAUUCUUCGAAAAACUCUUCUGCCAGCUCAUCUUCAUAUAAAAUAACGGGUCGCCGCCGAUCUAGUAGAUUGGAUUCUCUAAGUAUGUCAUCCUCAAAGCCUGUUUUUAAACCUAACUUUAAUGAUAACAACAACGUUAAUGUUCCAGGUAGUAGACGGUUAUCGACUAUUUCUGGAUCUGGUAUUAAGAAAAUUAGGAUAAACAGUAUUACUGAAGAUAAUUCGAAUUUACAAGAUUUAAAAAAAAGGAGAAUGUCAUCUAGAAGUUCAGCAUCGAAAAAAACAGGUUCAGCACAUAGGAUUAGUAUUGUUACCGCCAUGGAAUCGGAUGACAGUGGUUCAACCUCGACUAGUAAUUCGGAUAUUAAAAAUGACAAAGGAGAUAGUUUAUUCAGAAACACAGACAGUUUGUAUGAUAAGAAAUUUCAAAUUAGGAAUGUCAAAGAAAUACCGAAAAAUAUAGAAGAUUUGGAUUCAGCUCGUUAUGUUCUCGAUGAACAUAAUUUUACUAUUGCCGAAUUAUGUAAACCAGUACUACCGAUUGGUGAAAUAUCAGAUAAUUUCGAAAGAGCACAGCAAGCUGCAAAGGCUAAGAUAACUAAGAGAAAGGAAAGAAGAGAAUUAAGGAAACGUGCUCGUAGUGAAUUUAAAUCGUUAUCUUCUCUGAAUGAUGAGGAAGAUGAAAAAGAAAAAAACGAAAGAAUUAGAAAGGCCGCCCAAAGUAUAUAUGAUACGGAAAUUCCAGAAAACAAGCCAGGUCCAAAUGCAAUUCAAUUAAAAAUGAAUAAAGAAGGUGUAAUGGAAGUCGAUGAGCUAUCUACAGUGGUUGAUAGACAUAAAAAUGCUAGUUACGAAAAUUCACAAAAAGUCAGAGUUCAAGAGAACCCGUUUGAAAAUUUAUACAACUCAGCAACAUACGGUAAGAAUUCAUACACUGAUCCUUGGACCAAUGAAGAAUUAAUAAAGUUUUAUAAGGCAUUAUCCAUGUGGGGUACCGACUUCAAUUUAAUAUCUCAAUUAUUCCCAUAUAGAACAAGAAAACAAGUCAAAUCCAAAUUUAUUAACGAAGAAAAAAGAAAUCCUGUAAUUAUAGAACUUGCUUUGCGCUCAAGACUUCCGCCUGAUUUCGAUAGGUAUUGUGCAGAAAUUAAAAAGAAUAUUGGUACUUUAUCAGAAUUUAAUGAGAAACUUGAAGAAUUAAGAAACCAACAUGAAGAACAUUUGAAAGAAAUUGAAGAAGCUAAAUUGAACGCAAAGAAUGAAGAUUUGAAAUCUGUGAAAAAAGAAGUAAAUAAGAAGACUUCAGGUGGUUUAAUGACUAAUCAAUUAAAAUCUUACAGAAAAUCUGAAAUUGUUUUAGGCACCAUUGAUGAUGUUAAAAAGCAAAAAAUGGCACAAGAAGAAACUACUAGUGUAUGA